AUGUCUUUGGCCGAUAUCGAAAUGAGUGGACAAUAUAGCUGGAGGCGUUGGUACGCAUACAGAUUUGAGUUGAAUGUUUUGCGGCGAAGCCUGCGCAGACGGAAAACGGCCUUAGCCCGGAGCAUGAAUCGAGUCACACGAAUAGUUCAGUGGAUCCCAGGGCACUCCAAGAUCGAAGGAAAUGAACACGCGGACAGAUUAGCCAACGCAGGACUCGACGCCCGGCCCACACCCUUCUUCAACCGGACCGCCACUUGGGCCAGAUACCGUGCCACCCAACGCGCCGCGAAAGCAUGGGGUCGGUUAUGGUCAGAAAGCCCACACUCUGCAACUGUUCGCGAACACAUUUUCCGGCCCCCGGUGCUCAGGCUUCACCCUAUAUUUCAGAAUCCUGGCGUCCCCCAUUCAAUAUCCUCCCACCUCGUCCAUGUCAUGACGGGCUGCUUCGGAGAAUACAAGGCCAGGAUGUCAUCCAUCAACGGAAGCGCCAAAUAUUCAUAUGGCGAAUCUACCCAAUCUGUCCCACACCUACUGUUCACUUGCCCACUCGCAAAGGGGAGUCUCAAAAUUCUCUUCAAAGCAUCGCCGGACCUCAACCCGCCACCCUCUUCGGGACCCCCAAGGGGUUGGAAGCGGUCGCUAAAUUCAUUUACCACUCCAUGA